CUCCUAAGUCAGUCCAAACACAAAACACCAACCAACCAACUAUGAAGUCUUCUUGUUCAUUCAAUCUCUUCAUACUAGCCGCAGUUAUCUUUCUCGGGUGUCUAAAUCCCAAUGGAGCUACCACGUGUCAUCCUGAUGAUGAAGCUGGUCUUUUAGCUUUUAAAUCGGGUAUAACCGAAGACUCCUCGGGUGUUCUUAGCUCAUGGACGAAAGGCACUGAUUGUUGCUCCUGGUUCGGUGUUUAUUGCGCUAACCAACACCGUGUCACCAGUCUCAGCCUUGGCGAUUUGACCGGAGAUUUUCCAUACACUCUCUCUGGUACUAUCUCGCCGUCUCUGUCCAAACUCCAACAUUUGGAAAGCUUUGAACUAAUCGGUCUCAAGGAAAUCAGGGGACCAUUUCCUCAGUUUCUUCUUCGCUUACCAAAUCUUAAGCAAAUCUACAUCCGGAGAAACCGUCUAUCUGGUCCUCUUCCCACUAACAUCGGCACGCUAAGCCCCCACUUAGAGACGCUGGUACUUGGCGCAAACCGGUUUACAGGUGCGAUACCGAGUUCAAUAUCCAAUUUGACUCGGUUAAAGGAACUCUACCUCAACGAUAAUCUCUUAACGGGAAGUAUCCCUCCAGGGAUUGGUAACCUCAAGCUUAUGUCUAUUAUUACUCUCGAUGGAAACAGUCUCUCCGGACCAAUACCAAAUAUUUUCAAAUCCAUGACAAAGCUCCGAAUCCUCACUCUUUCUCGUAACAGAUUAUCUGGAGAAGUUCCUCCUUCAAUUGCAUCGCUCGGACCGAGUCUUGAGUUCCUUGAGCUAGGCCAUAACAAUCUCUCGGGAUCGAUUCCAAGCUAUAUAUCGAGACUCGCAAAACUAAAGAAACUGGAUCUCUCCAGUAACAGGUUCUCAGGAGGUGUGCCCCAAAGUUUAUCCAAGCUGACCGACGUUUUUGAUAUGGAUCUCUCUCGUAACCUUCUAACCAGUCCAUUCCCCGUUUGGAACGUGACGGAGAAUCUUCGAACGUUGGAUCUAUCAUACAACAAUUUUUACAUGGAGACGAUUCCUGAAUGGGUGACUUCCGCGUCGUACGUCGUGUCGUUGAAGCUGGCGAAAUGUGGAAUCAAGAUGAGUUUAAGCGAUUGGAAGCCAGAGAAUAUAGGCGUCUACAGUUACAUUGACCUUUCAGAAAACGAGAUCACAGGAAGUCCGGGAAAGCUCUUGAUAAAUGAAGGGAGUAUGCGGGAGUUUCGGGCGUCGGGGAACAAACUCCGUUUCGAUAUGGGGAAGCUAAAUAUACCGGAGAGCCUUGAGACGCUGGAUCUUUCAAGGAACUUGGUAUUCGGGAACGUGCCAGGGACGGUGACCGGUCUGCUAACACUAAACUUGAGUCAGAACCAUCUUUGCGGAAAACUUCCUGUGACAGAGUUUCCACCAAGCGUGUUUGCCGGCAACGAUUGCCUUUGCGGAUCUCCACUCCCUCCAUGUGAGAGUGAAUAUGGAUAGUGCCGUGAAGAGCCUCUAAAAGAAGAGACGGGUCCUCUGCAAAGAGAUAUUGUGAUCCCUAAGCGUUUUACCCCGUAACUUAUUGUCCGACAGGUUGCUGCAGAUGGUACUCACUCUAUAGUUUGACACGCGAAAGUUAUAUGUGGAGUUGGGGUCAUCCGUGACUUCUCCAUGACAUGUAUAGAUUAAAAUUAAAUGUUCGAUUUUGUUUUACUCUUUACUGUAGAAAACAAAUAUUUGUUCCAGUGUCAAGGUCCUGAAAUUUUCUGUUGAAGCAUUUUGUAAUGUGGCUCUUGAAGAAGAUGGAGAGGCUCUUGGCACAACUCCUCAUCCUGUCCCAGUCCGAGGCCUCAAUGAUCUCACUUGGGUGGAUGGUUGAAGAAGAGGAGAACACGAAAGACUCGGGUAGACUCGGGUUAGGUGACAAUGACAAGAUCAGCAAAAUAGUUCCACAGAAAGUUAAUCUUAUCCCUGACGAAGAUAUCAUUCAGGUUGUAAAGCCUUAAACUUUAAUUAUCUUGAAUCUCUAAAAGAGGAUUUCAUUCAUUUAAAGAUGCACUAAACUUUAAUGAUCAAUAAUCUUUUUACAAAUAUGUUUCUUGCUUCUGAACACAUACCGUUGCUUUGACAAGAGAACAAAAUCUUUUCGGUUGCUCCCUUGAAACCCAAGAAACCUGCUUUAAGGUUUUACUUCAUAAGAAAAGUCAUUUUACCAUGGCUAUUUGGGUGAUCAGUUUGGUAGAGGGGAUCAUGGAAGACUUGGUUAUAGAAGGAAUGUAACACUUGGACAGUUUGGUGGGCUCCACAGUCUUGCCAUCGUAGAAUGCAAGUCUGAUGAUAUUUCAUUCUCUGGUCACAGAACAAGUUUUUCUUUUUUUGCUAAAAAGUCACAGAACAAAUUUGAAAGACGAGAACGAAAUAUGAUUUGCAGGGAACAAAGAAAAAGGAGAGUAUGUUUAUUAAAAGGAGGGGGGGAGAGAAAAAAUAUUCACCAUUUCAUUGAUAUUGGAAUUUAUCUGCAAAUGAGGAAGAGCAUGAUGCAUACAAGGCUUCCGUGUAUUUUGGUGACGCUAAAGAAUAUGGAAGCAACAAUAAUAUAACAUUGAAACAACAAAGAAAUCAGAUCCACCAUCUGCUAAUACUACAGACAAAUUAAAAAGUGUGUAUUAAUGAUAGAAACAACAAAACUAAGUCGUUAAGCAAAAACAACAAAACUAAGUUAUAUAAGUCUAAAAUCACAUGGUUCUACCAAACUUAUAUUAUGCCCUUAUUAACAGACAUUAUAAAUUCAGUUCCGCACAUGGUUCUACCAAAAUUAUUUUCACAAUUUUACUCAACUAAUUACCAGUCAUUAAUAAUCUAGCUAGGAAAUGUUUUUAGGUCCAACUGAUAAAAAGAUUAAUAUUUAUAUCAAACCAAGAUUGAAUGCUACAUAAAUUUUGGUAGACCAAUAUAUUUAUAUCGAUAUAAACCAAGUAGAAAAUUGGUUUAUACAGGGUGCUCUCCACAAGAUUGUAUACGUAGAAUUAAUUUCUAACUCAUACCAUUAUCUCAUAAUUUAAAAUAAAAAGUUAAAAAAUAAAAAAAUUAUAUAAUAAAACACACAACAAACUAAAGUUCUAACAUUUGAA